AAAAUCGAUGGCAGACAUCUCAACUACCUGUAACAGAUCAUGGCUCAUGCAGUCUCUAGCAUCGCUUACAAAAGGCCAUGUUGCGCCACAAUCUUCCAUCUAUCUUUCCGCAGGCAAAAUGGAUGCGUUGUUCCUGUUCAUAGAGCUGUUCCCAGUCCUCUGCUUCCUCAUCCUGUACUACUACCACCUGCAAUCUAAGAAAACUAGUUCUUUGGAGCCGACCGAAUGGCCAGUAGUGGGGCAACUCCCCGGCUUGGUCGCCAACAUCCACCACUUCCACGACUGGGCCACCGGCGUCCUCACCGGCGCGGGCUACAACUUCGAAGCUCGCGGUGGGCGCACUGGCCUGCGGUAUUUCAUCACCUGCGACCCCUCCAACGUGCGCCACAUCUUCACGUCCAACUUCGCCAACUACCCCAAAGGUGACGAGUUCGCCGUGAUCUUCGACGUUCUUGGCGACGGCAUCUUCAACGCCGAUGGGGAGUCGUGGCGGCGCCAGCGGGUGAAGGCCCAGAUGCUCAUGACCGGUCCUCAGUUUCGCGCCUUCUCGGCACGAUGCAGCCUCGACAAGGUGGAGAACAGCCUCGUGCCUUUCCUCGCCCACGCUGCUGAUGAAGGAGGGCCGUGUGAUCUGCACGACGUGUUCCUGAGGCUAAUGUUCGACCUGACCUGCAACCUCAUCUUCGGCGUCGAUCCUGGGUGUCUGGCGAUCGGCUUGCCGGUGGUUCCCUUCGCGCGUGCGAUGGACGAUGCGUUGGAGACACUUUUCCUCCGGCACAUCACCCCGAUGGCCUGCUGGAAGCUGAUGAACAGGCUGGAAGUAGGGCAGGAGAAGAAGAUGGCCGCUGCUCGAAGGACGAUCGACAGUUUCGUCGCCGCCACCAUCGAAAAACGCAGGGCCCGCAAACUCAAGGAAGGCAUCAGUAACUCGGCCGACUUGCUGUCUUCCUUCAUCUGUCAAGAAGACACCAGUGACAGAGAUGACGUGUUCUUGCGGGACACGACGGUGAACCUCUUGCUCGCCGGGCGCGACACGACGGGCGCGGCGCUGUCGUGGUUCUUCUACCUCCUCUCCAAGAACCCAAGCGUGGAGCAGAAACUACUGGACGAGCUCGCGCCCAUCGCCUCAAAGAAGGUCGUCGACGGCGCCGCUGGACCCAGCGGCGUGGUAACGUUCGAUGCGAGCGAGCUCGGCAGCCUGGUGUACCUGCACGCAGCCCUGUGCGAGUGCUUGAGGCUGUACCCGUCCGUCCCGUUCGAGCACAAGGCGGUGGUAGCCGACGACGUGCUGCCGAGCGGGCAGGAGAUGAAGGCGGGCGACAAGAUACUGGUGUUCAACUACUCCAUGGGCAGGAUGGAAGGCGUGUGGGGCAAGGACUGCAUGGAGUUCCGGCCCGAGAGGUGGGUCACCCACGAAGGGAAGCUGCGGUACGAGCCGUCUUACAAGUUCAUCUCGUUCAACGCCGGGCCCCGGACGUGCCUCGGCAAGGAGAUGGCCUUCGUGCAGAUGAAGACCGCGGCGGCGGCCGUGCUUUGGAACUUCGCCGUCGAGGUCGUGCCGGGGCACGUCGUGGAGCCCAAGCUGUCCAUCAUACUUCACAUGAAGAAUGGGCUCGCCGUCAGGGUCAGGAGAAGGAACCCGUGUCACUGCUAGCAAGCUCCUGAGUUCCUGACUGAACAACGUACUGCACUACUGCUCCACGGCGUGUUACUCUGUUAUACGGCUGGCCGGACGUAGCUACACGUAUAGCGUGACCCGUAUCACUACGUAUAUCCGUGCAUGUGGCCGGCAACGGCAUCGACGUGCGCUUGUUAAUUUGGUGUUUUAUAGUAGCCAAAAAAAAAAAAAGUGCCAUUCAUGCAUGCACACCAGCAUAUAUGUGCAUAUGUAGGUUGCGAUAUAGAAAUAAAAGAUCGCAGGGCCGGGCAGACAGCCCCACGAUUUAUCUUAUGGAGGUGCUAGGACUCGAAUCGGAUCAGUUCAGUAAGAGCGUAUAGUCUUCUGACUGGUAUAUACCGCGGGAGUCUUAGCGUAGCUUGUGAACUUGUGAUAUAUGUUUCAAUCAUAUCAUCCUAUGCCGUGAUUA